AUGAUGAGAAUACGAGGACCUACGUCCUACAAGGCCCGCAUUAUUGCUCUGGCUUCUAUCGCAAUUGUGUAUGUCCUUUACGUCACGUUUCCAGGUCUUGGAAGCACGAGCUUCAAUGGCACCCCAUCUGGACAAAAUGGCUUCUCUUGGUUCGGGAGUGGCAAACCAAAAUGGCCGCGGAACACGGUUCAAUACCCAUUCAAGGAGAAUGGGAUUGUCGCUGAGAAUAAGGAGAAGGCAGAAAAAGUAAAAAGGGCCAUGCAAAGGACCUUUUGGAAAUAUAAAGUGGGGGCUUGGGGCCGAGAUGAGAUCAAACCGGUGUCAGGGGAUGGUCGUACAACGAGGAAUGGAUGGGCUGCUACAAUUGUAGAUACAUUAACGACAACGGCUUUGAUGGGCUUGGAGGAAGAGUUUAAGCUUGAACUGAACUUCACCAUCAAAGGAAUCGAUUUCAAUGACGCUUUGGGUCUAGUCGAUCCAUUUGAGACAACCAUCCGUUAUCUUGGUGCGCUUGUAUCGACUGUCGAUCUUAUUGAUGCUGGUAUACUUUCUAAAGGCCUCGUCUCUCAAUACGACCGGCACGAUGUGCUAUCACAAGCUGUAUCCUUGGCCACUAAGCUUGCCCCCGGAUUUGAUUCUCCCACGGGGAUGAUAUGGCCUAGAAUUAACUUCACUACGAACCAAGGUUGCAGAGAACAUUUAGAUCAAAGACCAAUUCCUGGGUUUGCCCAUGCAACUAUCGGGCCCGCCCGAGCUGGAAGCAAUUGGCUAGAGAAUAAAGUUCUUAGCAAGUUGACUGGAAAGGUAGAGUAUGAGUUGAAUGCUACUCGAGCAUGGAAGCCUUUGGUAUGGAAUAGAUAUAUUGAAGAAUGGCCGGGCUUGAUAGACUCACCUAUUGAUAUCGUCACCGGUGCCCCUGUGGACCGUCACAGAAGUUGGGGAGCGGGACAUGAUUCCUAUUAUGAGCUCCACAUGAUCCAAAUACAUCAAACAGAGGGUAAAAAGAGCAAACUAUUUCUUUCCCAGUGGAAGAAUGGGUGGCUCUUGAACGAAAUGGGACAUCUUGCAUGUUUUGCAGGCGGGAACUUCUUACUAGGGGGUAAAUAUCUGGGCAGAGAGGAUAUAGUCCAAUUUGGUCUUGAUGUUAUCGAUGCGUGCCACGAAACAUAUGUCGGCAGUACCACUCGAAUUGGCCCGGAGUACUUCUCGUGGAUACCCGCAGAUACAGCUCCAAAUGCGACUUAUGAACCGCAACACGCAACUCAAUAUAAGCAACUAAAGAGCUUGGGAUACUGGGUCACAGAUGCCAAAUGGGUGCUUCGUCCAGAAACGGUGGAGUCUUACUUUUACGCCUAUCGAAUCACAGGCAAUAGGAUGUACCAAGAAUGGGCAUGGGAUGCGUUCAACGCAUUUACCAAGGCUGCGGAAGUAGAAUUUGGAUAUGCGGAAGUCAAAGAUGUUACUAAACCCGCGGGUCCAGACAAUAUCAUUGAUAAGGCGGAGAGUUUCUGGGGAGCUACGAACUCUUCCGAGACAUUGAAAUACCUUUACUUGACCUUUACCAGUGAGGAUAUAGGAAGCUUAGAUGAGUGGGUCUUCAGCACAGAAGCACAUCCAUUCAAGGUAAUUCGGUGA